AUGUCUUCCCCAAGAUCUCGUGCUCAGUCUUCUUCAGUUCCAGUUCCUCCUGAUUACAUUACUGGGACCGGGAUCGAUGCUCACGCGAUAGAAGUCAGGAGCAAGCUUCACCCCUUUGCUCAAAAGAAUCUAGACGAGAAUAUCCUUCAUUUGUUCGAGAACACCCUGGUGUUAGGGCCUCAUUGGUUUGGUCCUGUUCCGGCUGGGAUGGCAGAAUUGUUGAAAAAGGAUGCAGAGGCUCCUUUGUGUUUUGAGAGUACUUCUGCCCUGGCUUCUUAUUCUUGGGUUAGUAAGAAUUUGAGCCGGUCCUUCCCAUCCAGCGAGUCGAUUAAUAGAGAUGAGAACCUGCUUGCCGCUGCUUUGUGUUUCUGGAAUUCUGCCAGUAAUACAUUUGACUUCCGUGUGGGUCCUAUGGCGCCAACCCUGCUGGAUAUGGCUCAGAUCUUUGGGUUCAGGGCCCAUGGCAGGCCUGUUGAUGCUGUUGGAGAUUAUCAUAGGCGAAAAAACCAAGAGAAAGUGGUCACUCCCUUCACUAUCUCUCCAGCCACGAUCAACCAGAACUGCUCUUUCUCCAAUUAUCUGAAGAAAUUCAGUGCUGAGAAGGACAAGGACCAGCAACACAUGUUGUUCCUUUUGUAUUGGCUGAACCGGUUCGUUUUCCCCAAUCGGUCUUCGGCAGUUCUGCUUGAGUACCGACAUCUGGCAGAGGCGUUCCACAAUCAUACUAAUGUGGGGCUUGGGCCUACAGUUCUGGCUCACCUUUUCAAGAAUCUAUACAUUGCCACUCUGGAGAAUCCAUUGAACCUGUCGGCCCCUGGUGCAUUCUGGAUGAUCCAGAUCUGGCUGCAGGUCUAUUUUCCAGAGUUAAGGUUCCCAGACAUAGUUCUGCCUGAAGACCAAGUUCUGGCCCUUCCUCUGAUAUCGGCAGAAGUGCCCAAGCGUUCUCUUGAGGAGUACUUGAUGCUCUUCAGGUAUUGUACAAAAAGGUCGGCAGCUCAGUGGCAAGUGGUGAUCAGAGGGACCUAUCCUUGGUUCCAGACCGGAUUUCGGUUGAUCGAGAAGGAGCCAGAAGACGAGGCUGCCAGAACAGAUUUUAGGAAGAAGUUUCUGAGCAUUACUCAGCCCAGAGAUCUACCCUAUGGUGGGGGAAAACCUCCGAAUUAUCAUCUCGGGGCAGAAGUUUAUCAUCCCAACUUCUGUGCAAGGCAGCUUGGCUGUCCUCAGCUCAUUCCGCUGAAAUCUGAAUAA